AUGGGUUCCGCGGAGAAACAGAAAAAGCCCGCUAUUCGGUUCCAGGUCAUCCACUACUACCUCAUCCCCAUCGUGGCGUUUGUCGUGUGGUGGGGUAUGUUGAUCGCGAUGCUCGCCUGCUGGGGUGCCCAGGGAAGACCCAUUUAUUCGUUUAUGAACAACCACCAGGACCCGGUCUAUCUUUCCGAUAUCGGUGCCACGAAUUUGCAGCCAUUGUUUAUUUCGUGUGCCGGUUUCCAAGGUAUCUUCUUUGUGGGCACAUUGAUUGUGGGCAUGUACUUGCGCAAGGCGCACAAGAUCCAGCCCUACAUCUCCCACCACCAGCCCCGAUUGGCCAUUGCGAGUAUCAUCUGCGCCGCUAUUGGCCAAUUGGGUAUUCUUUUCGUGUCCAUCUUCAACACCAAGAACUUUAACAACGUCCACUUGACGAUGGUUGGGAUUUUCAUUGCAUUUUGUUUCUUUGCAUGCUGCUGCGACUUUGGCAUCACCUAUAUUUUUGGAACCAACAACAGCAAAUUGGACCCCAGCCACCCCGUCACCGUCUUUGGCAAGUCCAACCGGGCAAACUUGUACUAUAUUGGCUUUGUCUUGAAAAUCAUCUGGCUCUUGGCCGCCAUUUGUUUCGCAGCUGCGUUUGGCUACUACAUGAAGCACGACCAGGACUCCAAGUCGGCCGUGUUUGAGUGGUUGAUUUGUUUCUGGUACGGCUUGUUGUUGAUCUUGUGGGCCAUGGACUUGAUCCCCAGUGCUAUUAGGAAGUACAAAUCGAGGCACCCGGAACUUUACAAGACCAACCAGUCCGAUUAUGAGCAACAGGUGGGAAGCAAGUGGGAGGAAGACAUGGGCGGCCAAUACUCCUCCGAUGGCGAUCAGCAAACGUAUGUCAAUCCGGGAAUCAUGCAGAACCAGCGCUUGGCGCAGGAGAGAUUCAGCCAGGACAACCUGCACUUUCAGAGAGCCCAGCCUGCGCAGUACCCUCCUCCCCAGGGCUCCAAUGUCGUGCCAAUGACCUCACAACAGAUUAAUUACCCGCAGCCAGUCGAGCCCGUUGCUCGAUAUUAA